CAGAGAUGGAGGCGAAGGGGUUCGAGCACAUGGGGCUGGACGGGCGGCUGCUGAGGGCGGUGGCGGAGCUGGGCUGGGCAGUGCCCACGGCCAUCCAGGCCCGUGCCAUCCCGCUGGCCUUGGAGGGCCGCGACCUGCUGGCCCGGGCCAGGACGGGCUCGGGGAAAACCGGAGCGUACGGACUGCCCGUGCUGCACAAAGUGCUGGCCAUCAAAGAGGCGUCCCCAGCCGUGCCGCAGGCCGUGCGGGCGCUGGUGCUGGUGCCCUCGGCGGAGCUGGCGCGGCAGGUGGGGCACACCCUGCGCCGCCUGGCCGCCUUCUGCGCCCGCCAGCUGCGCGUGGCCGAGCUCUGCGGCCACUCGGACCUCGCCGACCAGCGGCCGGUGCUGAUGGAGCAGCCGGACAUCGUGGUGGGCACGCCGGGCCGUGUCCUGGCACACGUGGCCGGGCACAGCCUGGCCCUGCGGCCCUGCCUGGAGCUGCUGGUGCUGGACGAGGCCGAUCUGCUGCUGUCCUUCGGCUUCGGGGACGACAUCCGCGCCCUGCUCUGCCACAUGCCCAAGAUCUACCAGGCCCUGCUGGUGUCGGCCACGCUGAACCCCGAGCUGGAGGCGCUGCAGGAGCUGGUGCUGCACAACCCCGUGCAGGUGGUGCCCCCCGAGCCCCGGCUGCCUGGCAGUGCCCAGCUGCAGCAGUUCCAGCUGCGCUGUGCCACGGAGGAGGACAAGUUCCUGCUGCUGGCGGCGCUGCUGAAGCUGCGGCUGCUGCGGGGCCGGGCGCUGCUCUUCGUGGGCAGCCUGGCGCGGGCCUUUAGGGUCAAACUCUUCCUGGAGCAGUUCGGGAUCGCCGCCUGCGCCCUCAACCCGCAGCUGCCCGCCCGCUCCCGGUGCCACGUCAUUGCCCAGUUCAACCGUGGCCUGUACGAUUUCAUCGUGGCCACCGACGAGGAGGGGCCGGCGGAGCCCCCCCGGCACCGCCCGCGCAGGGGGGACACGGCCAGGAAGGGUGACAGGAAGGGUGACAGGAAGGGUGACAAGAAGGGCCAGUCCCCGCAGUGUCCCCAGGACCCCGAGUUCGGGGUCUCUCGUGGCAUCGAUUUCCAGAACGUCGCCGCCGUCAUCAACUUCGAUGUCCCCAACUCGGUGGAGACCUACAUCCACCGCGUGGGCAGGACAGCCCGUGGGGACAGCCCUGGCACGGCGCUGACGCUGGCACUGCCCGACGAGCUGGAGGGGCUGCGGCGCAUCGAGGACACGCUGGCAGCAGAGAACGGGCAGUCCAUGCUGCAGCCCUACGAGUUCCGCAUGGAGGAGAUCGAGACGCUGCGCUACCGCUGCAGGGACGCCAUGCGUGCUGUCACCAAGCAGGCCGUGCGCGAGGCGCGGCUGCGGGAGCUGCGCCAGGAGCUGCUCAACUGCGAGAAGCUCAAGGUGUAUUUUGAGGACAACCCGCGGGACCUGCAGGCGCUGAGGCACGACCGGCCCCUGCACCCGGCCAGCAUGCGGCCGCACCUGCGGCACGUGCCAGAGUACCUGGGUAUGGAACGGGGAAUAUGGGAUAAAAAUGGGGGAAAACGGGAAAAAUGGGAUAAAAAUGGGCACCUGCGGCACGUGCCAGAGUACCUGGCUCCCUGGGGCCGCCGGGGCUGGAAGCGUUUUAGGGCCGAGCUCCGGGGUCCCCUCCUGCUGCUGCAGAGGGACCCCCCCGAGGGCCCCGAGGAGUUUUUGGGGUUGCCCCACGCCCUGGCCCGGCCCCACCCCAAAUACACCAAGCGCCCCAACGUCUUCCUGCUGCGCGCCGGGGACCGCAGGGAGUUCCUGUGCCAGGCACAGAGCCCCCGGGAGCUGUCCCAGUGGGUGUUCGGGAUCAACGUGGCCGCCGCCCUCUCCUCGUCCCCCCCGUUCCCCGCGGCCGUCGGCUCCCGGCGCCGCUUCGUGAGACCCAUCCUGCCCUCGGCCCCCAGCCGCUGCCCCCCGGAGCAGCAGCAGGCGCAGCUGCGGCUCUGGUUGGGGACAGUGACGUGCCAGCUCCUGGAGCACCAGCGGCUGCCCGAGGGACGGGGACGGGAGCAGGAGGAGCACCGGGCACACGGGGACUUCCUGCGGGACGAGCGCCAGCGCUGCCUCACCUACGUGCAGGCGCUGGGGGCGUGGCUGCGCGGGGACACCGGGGACAGCGGGGACAGCGGGGACACCGGGGAGCUCGGGGACAUCCCCGAGGGUCCCCUGGGGGACAGCCCCGAGUGUCCCCACGUCCCCGCGCCGCUCACCAAGUGCCACUCGAGUCCCUCGCUGGCCCCGGAGCCGCCCCCGGGCCGCGUGCGGCGCCACAUCUCGGAGCGCAGGGCCACCCGCGUCACUGUCCCCAAGCGCCACCGGGACCGCCUGUGA